AUGGCCUCCCAGAAAAUCACAUCCGCUCUAGCGGAGAUCGAAACCUCCGGCAACCCCCAAAACAAACUCCAACUCUACAACAACCUCCUUUCCGAAAUCGUCACGACUUCAUCCGAACACGAACUCGCCCAAGACCUCAUCUACUACCUGGACUCCAUCCUGACCGAAGAUAUCAGUAUUGUCGCAGCCCGCCCCAUCCUCGAUGCUUUUAUCACUGCCCUGCAAAAACUCUCCGCGGAAACCAAGAUCAAAGUCGGCCAGCAUGCCGUGACACUAUUGCAGUCCCGUUCGACAUCGGUCGAGGAGCAGGAUGCUCAGCUACGAGAGUUGUUGGCGGAUGCAUACGAGACGGAAGAGGAGUAUUCCUGGGCAGCGAGGACGUUGCAGGGAAUUCACGUUGACAGUUCGCAGCGGUUGGUGUCGGACUCGGCCAAGGUGCGGUUAUGGAUUCGGAUUGUGCGGUUGUAUCUCGAGGAUGAUGAUACCACUAGUGCGGAGGCGUUCUUGAAUCGGAUUAAGAACCUGCCCAGCAAAAUCGAUGACCACGAGUUGAUGCUACACUUCAAGCUCUCGCAGGCUCGGAUUCUGGAUGCUCGUCGUCGGUUCCUGGAUGCUAGUCAGGAAUACUUCAACGUGAGUCUUGCUGUUGGUGUCGAUGAGAAUGAUCGUCUUCAGGCUCUUGCUGCGGCUAUUCGGUGUGCUGUUCUUGCGCCUGCGGGACCCCAGCGUUCUCGUACUCUCUCUACACUCUACAAGGAUGACAGGGCUACGUCGGUGGAGGAGUUUGGGAUUCUGGAGAAGAUGUUCCUGGAUCGGCUUUUGAAUGCGGAGGAGGUUGCUGCGUUUUCGGAACGGUUGGCUCCGCACCAGCUCGCGCGGACGGCUGACGGCACGACGGUUCUGGAUAAAGCGGUAGUCGAACACAACCUGGUGGCAGCCAGCAAGCUAUACGAGAACAUCAAGACGGACGCACUAGGGGCUAUUUUGGGACUCAAAGAGAGCGGAGAGUUUACGGCCGGUGAGAAGGCGGAGGCUUAUGCGGCGCGGAUGGUCGAGCAGGAGCGGUUGAAAGGAAGUAUUGAUCAGAUUUCGGGCGUUAUCUACUUUGACAUAGGUAAUGUGAGCACUGUGACAACGGGGCGGCAUAUCCGGCAAUGGGAUGCGGGGGUUCAAGGACUGGCAGAAGAUACAGAAAAAGUGGCCGCGAGUAUUGUAGAUGCGUUUCCGGAUUUUGCUGCAGGACAGAUGGUACAUUGA